AUGGCAGACAGCGGUUUAUUAAAAGAAAUCCUGGACUCCUUGAAUGACCCAGACACCGUGCAGUUGUUUGCUACAGUUAAUGGUCUUACUGGUGAUGCCGAGGUCGAGAACAGAUUAAGGGAGCUCCAGUGGGAAAAGCACAUCGAUGACUUAUGGCAGGAGGUUCUUUCCGAGAUGGAAUCCCCAACUAAAAAAAUUAGACCAUCCCAAGAGGAUGGCGAUCAACCCUCUACGAGUGGGCAGUCGGGGGGUGGGGGGAGUUCCGAGGACCCAUUAGAAAAACCCUAUUUCAUUUGGAAGAGAGACACUCGAACAUUUAAGAAAAACUUGGCCCGCGACACCACGUUUAAGGUCAAAUUUAACGAGCAGUGGAAGGGGGAUAAAUUGUUAGAUAUACAUAACAAGUUGCACGAUAUGUUCGACGACCUGUUGUCAGAGGCCCGGGGUCACGAUGCGGAUCUGGGAAGGGUGGUCAUCAGUCAUUCGAGUUUAAACAAUCCGAUCGUCGUGCCGCUACAAUCCUGGGAAAAUCUGAAUGCAGAUGUCGUCCUGUCCGAGAUCACCAAAGUACUUAAUUCGAACGAAAGCUUGUCCGUGGACGAAAAUCUGUUGAUCACCAUAGGGUCCAUCGAUUUGCCCAAAGGGGGAGGUAACCCUAGAAAAUUACCCAUCACGUCUCUCUUUGGUCCUAAAAAUAGCGUAGAAAGAAAGAGAUCGCUUUUUCACGUACAAAAUGAUAACAACGUAUGUAUGGCCAUUUCCAUUGGUCUCUGUUACCUGAAAACGUGUGAAAAAGUAGAUGCUGUUACGUGGACAAAUUUAGUGGGGAAAGAUGCCGGAACAAUGUUCGACCAUAUCAUCAAGCACCGUACUGUUACUCGAUCCUAUUACAACAAUAUCUUGAAAACCUCGAGAAAAAAAAUGCAAACGGAGUUGGCGAUGUGGCUGUGUGAAAGAGCCGGAGUUCCUACUGACAGAUAUUUAGGUUUGAACGACAUCGAACCAUUCGAAACCUUACUUGGUGUCUGUAUCAACGUUGUGUCCUCAAGAGUAGGGAAUAAAUUUGUCAGGGUGACGGAGGACGAGGACAAGCCACGUCUGUAUUUAUAUCACGUGGACACAGAAACUGAAAAACACUGGCACGGGAUUGCCAGCAUACAAGGCUUUUUUAAGGCAUCGUAUUUUUGCCAUACUUGUUUAAAACCGUAUAAUGAUAAAUCCAAACACACGUGUACCACCUCGUGUGAGGUUUGCUUACAUGACCACUGUCCAGAAACAAAUGUCCAAAUAGGUUGUCGAACCUGUGGACGGGUCUGUCGUUCCGUGGCGUGUUUUAAACGUCAUAAAAAACAAAGAGUCGUCAAGAAAGAGAGUUAUCCUCCUCCUUGCGAACUGUUUCACCAAUGUAAAAAAUGUAGGGUCAUUCUACAUUGCUGUAAACGCUCUCCCGACUUGCACGUUUGUCAAGAAUGGCAGUGCCCUAACUGUCUAGAAUAUCAAAUAGGAGAACAUCAUUGUUAUCAAAAACCGUGUGGAUGUGAUUUAGAAAAAAGAGACAAAAAAUUUAUUUUCUACGAUUUUGAGACGCGUCAAGAGGACAUCUUUCAUUGCGAGCAAGGGUAUCGACCGUCUUGCAUCAGAUGCGACCAAUGUGUCAAAAAAGAACGCCAGUGUGUAGACUGUAGACUCUGUCAGAACUGUCGUGAUCCGUCCUGUGGUCUACAACAACACAAAGUCAACUUUGCCGUGCUGCAGACCACCUGUCACAUAUGUGAGAAAAGGGAACUGGUGGAGGGCGCCUCCUGUAGUUACUGCGGAACACGGUGUGAGCAAUGCUCCCGAACCCAUAAAGGUGAAUAUGUGAACCCCCCUUGUCCCGACACUUGUGGAAAAAGGGAAGUGGUGUUUUCUGGCGACAACGCCGCCGAGCAGUUCUGUGCUUUCGUCACCAGUGAACAUUGUAAAAAUUCGAUCUUGAUUGCCCACAAUGCCAAAAGUUUCGACUUGUAUCCGGUUUUAGAAGUGCUCAUAGACCGUCACUCUAUUCGACCUAGCAAGAUCAUUUACAACGGUUCUAAAAUCAUGUACAUGCACAUUGCGCACAAAUUAAAUUUGACUUUUGUGGAUUCCCUCAAUUUCCUGCCCAUGAAGCUUGCCAAAAUACCAGAUGCCUUCGGUCUACAGGAACUCUGUAAGGGAUACUUUCCCCAUUUAUUUAAUACUAAAGCCAAUCAAAACUACGUGGGGCCGUAUCCAAAGUUGAAGUACUACGGAUACGAUUUCAUGUCGGCCGGGGAGCGGAAAAAGCUUGCCGAAUGGCAUGCAACGAAACGAGACGAAACCUUUAACUUUCGAGAAGAAAUGUUGCAAUAUUGUCGCUCGGACGUUGAUAUAUUGAGGCGGGGGUGUCUAGAAUUUAGAAACUUGGUGAUCAAGGUGACAACUCUAACAGAGGAAACGGUUCAAGCAAACGGAAUCAUCAAGAAAACGAGCUCGGGUGGAGUCGACCCCUUUGAUUUUGUCACCAUUGCAAGUGUCUGCAUGGGGAUAUUCAAGUCGCUCUUUUUGAAGGGAAAAAGUAAAAUAGAAAUCACCAAAGAUGGUGAAUCGGAUUUGUACGACAUUCGUCAUCAUAAGAGUUUAGAGGGGGUCCAUCUCGGUGAUUCUUGGACGUCUCUCGUCGAUUUAAGAAAGGACGACAAUGUACAGAUAGGAAAACGACAUUUCAAAAGUCCCGUGGCAGUAGUACCAUCUCAAGGAUACACGAAGCGCGACAAUUACAGCAAAAUUUCCAUCCAGUGGCUGGAGUGGUUGAUGGAAAAAAGUCGUCAGCGGGGUAACCCCAUUGUCAUUUCCCACGCUCUCAACGGUGGUGAAUUCCAAGUGCCAGGGACCAAUUACAGAUGUGACGGGUUUGUCAAGAUUCCUGGCGGAAACGGAACCAUUUAUGAAUUCUAUGGUUGUGUAUUCCACGGUUGUCCCAACUGUUUCCCAGACGAUAGGAAUACCAUCAAACACCCGUCUACCAAUCAGACCAUCAAAGAAUUGUACGACAUGACCAAACACAGAGAAAAGGAAUUGAAAAAUCUGGGAUACAAAUUGGUCAUUGUGUGGGAGCAUCAAUUUAAAUUUCAAUUGGAGAAGAAUGUAGCUUUGCAACAAUUCGUGUCCACCCUAGAUCUCCAAGACAGACUCGACCCACGUGACAGUUUUUUCGGUGGUCGCACCAAUGCCAUCAAACUGCAUUAUAAAGCUGCAGAAGACGAAACAAUCCAAUAUUUCGAUUUUACCAGUCUCUAUCCCUGGACCAACAAGUAUUGUCGGUAUCCCGUCGGCCAUCCGACCAUCAUAACGGACGAUUUUCAGGACUUGUCGCAAUAUUUUGGACUGGCUAAAAUAAAAAUUCUCCCCCCUAGAAAACUUUAUCAUCCCGUACUUCCAUACAAUUCGAAUGGAAAAUUGAAGUUCCCACUUUGUAAAACGUGUGCAGACAGUGAAAAUCAAAAUGAAUGUACAUGCUCUGUUGAAGAGAGAUCCAUCACGGGCACGUGGUGUACUCCUGAAAUUCAAAUGGCAACGUCAAAAGGGUACGAAAUCUUGAAAAUCUAUGAAGUUUAUCAUUUUGCCGAGUCUUCCAAAUACGAUGUCGAGUCGUGUGAGGGGGGAUUAUUCGCUCAGUAUGUGAACAUGUUUUUAAAAAUAAAACAGGAGGCUUCCGGAUUUCCGGCCGAAUGCGACACGGAAGAGACCAAAAGAAAAUACAUUAGGGAAUACAAAGAAAACGAAGGUAUCCAAUUAGAGUAUGAAAAAAUUAAAAAAAAUCCCGGUUUGCGAUGUUUAGCGAAACUUUGUCUGAAUAGCUUUUGGGGGAAAUUUGGUCAGAGGUUGGGCAUGCAACAAUCCGUGUUCAUUCACGAAUCGGAAGCCGAAAAUUUUUUUCAAAUGCUCUCAGAUCCUACAAAAGUACCACACAACUUUCACAUUGUUUCGAGAGACAUUCUUCAAUUAGAAUGGAGUAACAACCCCCUAUUCGCGUCAUUCGACAAUAAAACUAAUAUAUUCUUGGCCUCUUUUACCACCAUGUGGGCUCGACUGAAAUUGUAUGGCGUUCUCGACAAAUUAAACGAGAACGUCUUGUAUUUCGAUACAGACAGUGUCAUCUUCAAGACAAAAAAGUCGGACAACUUGAAUUAUCUCCCCAUAGGUAAUCACCUGGGAGAAUUGACUAAUGAAAUCUCUCCACAAGACGGGUACAUUGUCGAAUUCGUUUCUGGGGGUCCUAAAAACUACGCUUACCGCACACUGUCGGGAAAAGAAGAAUGCAAAGUUAGAGGGUUUACACUUAACUGGGCCAACUCGAAACUUAUCAAUUUCCAGGCUAUCAAGUCGAUAAUCUGUACCUCACACGACCGACAAAUUGAAAUUGUCAACCCUUGUAAAAUAUCGAGAGACAGCAGAAAGCGAAAAUUGUUAAAUAGGGUUGAAACUAAAAAUUAUAAGAUGGUUUACACUAAAAGGAGAAUUCUUCCUAAUUUAGACACGUUGCCAUUUGGAUUUUGAUUAUAAAACGAAAUAUUUUGACGUUUUUGUUUUUUUUUAUUGAAUGAUAAAUACACAAAUAAAAUGAUAAAAGACAUUAUUCGUUGUUAUUACACUGUCAAUAUGUGAGCCAGGGUACGUUUUUCUUCUUCCGCCGAACAUUGGAAAUUCCAGGAGGUUUCCCAACCUUCAUCUUCUUAGCGACGUAACCUGUUCCAGUUUGUAACAAAUUAGUUUUAUCCACUAAGUCACUGGCAGUUUGUUCUUGACCUUCUGAGGAUUGCUUCGAAGUUCGGUCGACUUCUCGGGAUGACGUAUCAGCAGGUUCUAAUUUUUGAAGUAAACGUUCAUAUUUCAGUUUCGGUACAAGUAUCAUUUCCUUUGCCAUUUUCCUUUGAAAUGUUGAACAAUGGGU